CGUAUCUUCUUAGAGAGAGGGUGUGUUGAGAUUUUAAAAUUAAAAUACUUUUUUUAAAUUUGUGAAUGUGGUGCGAUGUGAAAUUUGAUAGUGCAAUAUUAAAUGUGUGCCUAAAAUUGGUUUUUGUUUUUAAAGGUUUUUAAUAUACCCCGAAAUCAUGAAAUCGACAAAUGUAGAAUCGUGUUCUGACCGCCUCAGUCCGUCCAGUGACCUCACCAGCGAAUCGGAAACAUCUCUACCUCCAUUCCCGUACGAUAGUCAAAAUGGUACCUUCUAUUCCCAACCAGAUAUAAAUGAAAAACAGUACUUUUCUUGCAAACAAAAAUCCCCAAGAAACGAUGAAAAAAAAGAUUAUCUACAAGAAAGUAAUAAAAUCUCCUUCGAAAAUUACUUAACGCCGCAGAAGAAUAAAAAAUAUUUAAACUUCGAACUCAAACUCCCGCCAACGAAUGACAACUUUUUUUCACAAAUCGAAAAUGAAGAAAGAAUGCGUUCAGGAUAUUUCAAUGAUAACUUAAAAAGUUGCGUUCAAAAUGAAAAUAAUCCCAUGUCGGAAAUAAAGUUGAAUAAUCAAAUAUCUUUUGAUAAUGUGAAUAAUAUAAGUAAUGACAGAGAUAGAGUUUCGCAAUAUUUUGGUGAGAAUGAGAGCGGAAAUAUGCGAAGGUGUUUGAACUUUAAUUCCGAACAAGUGCAGUGUUUGUGCGAAGCGUUGCAACAAAAAGGAGAUAUUGAAAAGUUAGCCGCUUUCCUGUGGAGCCUGCCGCCGAGUGAACUGUUGCGUGGAAACGAAACCGUUCUGAGAGCUCGGGCGCUAGUCGCUUUCCAUCGAGGCGUAUUUCAAGAGUUAUACGCGAUACUGGAAGCCCACUCUUUUCCUCCACGGCAUCACGCCUUCUUGCAGAACCUGUGGUUUAAGGCGCAUUAUUUGGAAGCCGAAAAGGUCCGAGGCCGGGCGCUGGGAGCUGUAGAUAAAUACAGACUUCGCAAGAAGUAUCCAUUGCCGAAGACCAUUUGGGAUGGCGAGGAGACUGUCUACUGCUUCAAGGAGAAAAGUCGGAAUGCGCUAAAAGACUGCUAUUACAGAAACAGAUAUCCAACUCCCGAUGAGAAGCGAGCCUUAGCGCAGAAAACAGGGUUAACCCUGACGCAAGUUUCAAAUUGGUUCAAGAACAGGCGGCAGAGAGAUCGUACUCCGCAACAACAGCCCAAUCGACCAGAAAUGCUAGUGCCAGCUCAGUAUGCAGGACCACAGGGUGGUUUGGCCCAGGCUCUCCUUCCGAACGCCUACUACCACCAGCUGCAAGACCCUUCUCAUUACCUUCAUGGCGGAGCUUAAGUGUCGUCAUAUGCAAAUAAAAUUAGUUGAAUGGUAAUUAUUAGUAUAUCAAGAGUAUUAAGGUGCGUUUUCAUUUGCAAGUAACUUGCAUACGAGUUGUGCCAUAAGGUUGAUUUUGGGUAAUAACCUACUUUGAAAACGCACCCAUAAGAUCGUUGCUCACUUUUUACUUAUAGCAUAUAACACGUGAUUUGAGUAGUGAUUGAAGUUUUUAGUACGUCAAAAAAAUUUUAUAGCUGUAUAAAUAUUAUUAUUCCUAAUUCAAAAAGAGGAAACGGUUGUUUUAUUGUGAUUUAGUUUAGAAUUAUCGACCAGUGAGCGUUCAAAAGACAUUAGGUACUUUUUAACUUUUAUUUAGAUAUUUGCCUGUAGUUGUGUUUGUAUUUUGUUGACUUGGCACUGGUCUCAAAUUUGUGAAAUAGAAUAUAAGCCCUAAUAUUCUCAUUACGUGUCCAGUAGUGAUCAAAUAGAUUGACUGAUAUUUUAUGUUAAUGACAUUCAAGGUGCCACACUACUAACGAUGACCAGUUAGAUUUUUACCCUCGACAAGUGUAAGAUUUUAAAGAAUUUCUUCCAGUUACAAUAUAAAUAAUUAUAUUGUAAUUGUAAUUAUUUGUAGUUUAAAUAAAUACCAUUGAAUUCAAAUCCAGUACAAGUGCCACGGUUUAUGGGUCAAAACACGGCUUGUCAGCUUCUGAAUUUUAAAAAAUUAAUAUAGAUUUUACUCACUAAAUAUUAUAAUUAUUUUUUUUUUGUAACUUACGUAAUGUUAUUAAUUAUUAAUAAACUAAAUAAUUUUGGAGAAAAUACACAAUUUCAUCCAGAAUCGUGCGGUUGCCAUGCGAAACUUAGAAAGUUACCGGAUCUCGUUAUGCCUAACGCGUCGUGCUCCAUGUGUAAUCAUUACGGCUCAUUAUGACGCUAUUGUUGUAAUACUGCUCAGGUUUUUAAUAAUAAAAAUUUAAAUAUCGUAAAGACUUCUAUUAGGAAAUUUAAAUUUACGUGUGUUUAUGUACUGUCAUCUGAAACUUUUAAAUUAUGUACAUAGUUUAAAAUCUGUAAUAACGAGUGAAAUGUGGGUCUUGUCAAUUUUGUUCAAUUAGGAAAUAGUGGGAUUGUUG